GAUUCCCCUGGCACCUGACGCUCCCCCACCCCCCCACCGUCCGCGCGCCCACCAGCACCUGGACUGCACUCUCCGCCAGCUCUGCGCCCACAGACUCCUCUCUGCUGCCCAGAUUUCCAAUAAAACGUGCUUUUCUCUCUUGACAGCGCUCUGUUGCUCUCUGCUGCAGCCGCACCUUCACCGCCUCGACAUCCAGCCACCCCCUGAUCCUGACGGGUUCAGCAUGGCGACCCCUACCCAGGUCCCCACAAAGGUUCCUCAGGAACCUGACCCAUUUUACUAUGACUAUGACACUGUGCAGACUGUGGGCAUGACUCUGGCUACCAUAUUGUUCCUGCUGGGCAUCCUCAUCAUCAUCAGCAAGAAGGUGAAGUGCAGGAAGGCCGACUCCGGGUCCGAGAGCCCAACAUGCAAAUCCUGUAAGUCGGAGCUUCCCUCCUCAGCCCCUGGAGGUGGUGGUGUGUAAAACCAGCCCUGGGCACCUCCGCUGCUGUCCCUGCCUGAGUGCGGGAGCCUGAGGUCCGGGUGGAGGCGGUGGGGACCCCAGCCUUGCCCCGGGAGCGCUUCCCUGAAUGAGCCGCCCCACCCACUCCAAGGCUGGAGCCGCCGCACCUCCCCAGGCCUUGGCAAUGACGACCCCCCAAAGAGCCCGUCUGCAUCCCAGAUCCAGGGACCCAGGCCUCCAGCUCCUGGGGUCCAGGAGUCCACCCUCAGCCCCCUAGAAUCCCCGUGUCCCUCUCCCAGGCACCUCCCUGUCUCCUCUCAGAAGAUCCGUUCCCUCCCCCUCACCUCCCGCAUCCCCGGUGUCCAUGUCUUGAGCUUAAUAAAUGUGCAUUUGGUUUUUCCCCUGU